AUGAAGAGGAUCAAGAUCAUGCCGGACAGACCGAAUCGCCUGUUCGAGAUCUGGUUGGAGGAAUGGAGGAACGAUGCAAAGCUCCGAAACUCCGAGUUGUGCAAUCAGUUCACGAAAGCUUUGGAUUCGCUGAAGCGAUACCCGCUUCCGUUGGAAUCCGGUAAAGAAUGUAUAAUCUUGCAACAUUUCGGCACAAAAUUGUGCUCGAUGCUGGAUAAGAAAUUGGAAGAGCAAAGAAGACACGAAUCCGCUAAAGCAGCUGACGCUAACUUUUCCAAAGCAAUCGAUAAUGCGGACUGUAUUACUGCGUCUAGGAAGCAACCUGUGGAUAAAGUUGUUGAAAUACAGGAGAAAACAACAAAAGUGGUCAGACAAGCUAAGAACACAAAACAGAAUAUAUCGAAAAAAUUAGUAAAUGUAAAUGAAAUUGCAUCAAAGGAAAGUGACAGGCAAAUUUAUUUAAAACCUAAUACUUUCGAUGUUAUAUUAUUGGUGGAUACACAAGAAACUUGCGGUGGAAAAACAAAGCCUCAACAUGAUGCUACGCUUAUGGAAUUAACACGGCUUGGUGUAUUGUUUGAAGUGCGUCAUUUGAAGAUUGGUGACUUUACAUGGAUUGCCAGAUGUAGAGAAACAAAAGAUGAAUUGGUUAUACCUUAUAUAAUAGAGAGAAAACGAAUGGAUGAUUUAAGUGCUAGUAUUACAGAUGGGAGGUUUCACGAACAAAAGUUUCGAUUGAAGCAAUCUGGUAUUGACAAUCUUAUGUACAUAGUGGAAAAUAUUGACAAGAAUUCCCGAUUUUCUAUACCACUCCCGUCAUUGUUGCAGGCUUCUGUAAAUUGUCUAAUACAAGAUAAUUUUACUGUAAAAUAUACAAGAAAUCAUAAAGAUUCUAUGUUCUAUUUAUCAUGUGUGACAAAGACUCUAAUUAAAAUCUACAAGGAUAAAAAACUUGUUGGAUGUAAGAAAGAACAACUUUCUCAGACUAAUGAUUUGAGUAGUACAAUACAUCUUAUAAAGUUCAAAGAAUUCAAUAAAGCGUCUUCUAAACAGAGAAAAUUUAAAGUAAACGAGAUGUUUAUUCGCCAAUUAUUACAAUUAAAAGGCAUGUCCAUAGAUAAAGCGACAGCAAUUGUAGAACGUUACCCCUCGCCACAGAUUCUGAUCACAGCUUUGGAAAAUUCUGCUAAAGAUGAGCAAUUAUUAGCAAACAUUCAAGUUGGUGACAAAAAACGGCAGCUCGGAUCUAUCAUCAGUAAAGCUGUUUAUCAACUUUACACUAUGAACGAACUGAGUUGACUUAUAAAAAGAUACAUAUCUGGAA